GAUUUAAUUAUUAUUGUCUUUUUGCUAUAGUGAAGUGUCUAAAAACGGUAAAUACAAUGUUGGAUACGAUAAUCAGGUGUGGCCGCUGUGGAGCCAAAACACGGACGCGGGAGGAUGUGGCGGCUAUUACUGUGUCUUCACGGCCUGGCGGCGCUCGUGCAGGGCCAAACAGUGCCACCGGUGCGAUGGUGUACAAUUUCACCGCCAGAGAAGUCAAAGUGCGAGGACCUGGCCCUGGCCCUGCUGAAGGUGCCUCCCCGCCCCAGCAAGCAGUCCAUAACCCUUGAGUGCCCACAGGUGACAAGCCACGAAGAGUGCAUGGUGUUGCUGGACCAAGGGGAGGCGGAUCUCGUCGCCCUGAACCCCAACGAGAUCUUCAUCGGUGGCCGCUACCACUCCCUCGUCCCCCUCAUGAAGGAGUCCUAUGAUGGCGGCCGCAAGAACUACUACUCGGUGGCCGUGACUCACAAGGGGAACCUGACCCAUGUCCGCAGCCUGGCUGACCUCAAGGACACCGUGGCCUGCUUCCCCUCAGUGGCCUCAAUGGGCGGCUGGGUCAUCCCUAUCGCUAAGCUCAUCCACUCAGGAGCCAUGGAGGUGGUGGAUUGCAAUAACCACGUCAAGUCCGCCUCUGAGUUCUUCAAGGGCGGAUGUGCCGUCAACAUUCUCUCCAACAAGUACAAUCCCCUCGGGGACAACAGCCAGGUCUUGUGCAGUGCGUGUGGGAGCGAGUUGCCGGGCCAGCACUGCACCAACCUGGACAACUACGCCGGCAACCAGGGGGCCCUCGAGUGCCUCCUUGACCAGGGCCAGAUCGCCUUCGUCAAGCACGCUACCCUCACACGCUUCCUCAACCGCUCGGCAACCCACACACCGGAGGACUUUGAGCUGAUUUGCGACGACGGGGGACAUGCGCCCAUCAGUGACUUCCGCCGCUGCAACUGGGGUGUGGUGCCCUCCAAUGCCAUCGUCACCACCUCCGCCAAGUCCAAGGAGCAGCGUCGCCUUCUGCAGGAGUUCCUCAAGGAUAUCGUCACGCUCUUCGGCAACAAGACAGACAACACCUACUACAAGUUCCAUCUGUUUGAGUCGGCGCCAAAGUACGGACUCGCGCACGACCUCCUCCUCUCGGACGACACGGAGGCGCUGGUGGAGUUAACGGCCAGUCAACAGAGCUUCCAGAAGUACCUGACGGGUGACAUUGUGAACCAUAUCCAGACCAUCCGCUCCUGCCCUGUGACUCGGAUGAAACUCUGUGUUACCUCCAUGGUCGAGUAUUCCAAGUGUCUGCAGAUGAAGACCGCCCUCCAUGCCCAGCUGCUCAAGCCAGAGAUGGAGUGCUUGAGAGGAGAGUCCAAUUUUGACUGCAUGGCUUCUAUCAGGAAAGGGGAGGCUGAUGUGUCAGUGUUUGAGGCGGGGGACAUCUACAGCGCUGGGUUGCUGCACGAGCUGGUCCCCAUAAUGGCUGAGCAGUACAACCUGGACACCCUCGAGUACUAUGUGGUGGCCGUCUCCAAGGAGGAUGACCCCGACACCGAUGUGCUGUACCUCAGAGGCCGCAUGACGUGCCACCCCGGCGUGAUGCACGGGGGCGGCUGGGUGGUGCCGAUGGCCUACCUCAUCAACAACGACCUCAUCCGCCAGUACCAGUGUAACUCCGUCCGUGCCGCCUCCGAGUACUUCAUGAAAUCCUGCGUCCCGGGAGCCCUCAGCACCUACUACAGGGAGGACUCCAUUCACCUCAACCUCUGCCACCUGUGUCGCGGCCAAGGCCAGGGGUACUGUGCCAGGGACCACUCCGAGCCUUACUACGGGUUCACUGGAGCGUUCAGGUGCCUGGUGGAGGGCGGCGGGGACAUCGCGUUCGUCAAGCACACCACUGUCAAGGAGAACGUGGAUGGUCGCCGCAAGGAGUUCUGGGCCAGGAACCAGCUGACAGCCGACUACCAGCUAGUGUGUCGCGAUGGCACAAGGGCUCCGGUGACAGACUACGAGGACUGCAACCUUGGCACGGUGCGGUCCAACGCGGUGGUGACGAGGGGCGGCGCACUGUACAACGUAACGGAGGUGCAAGCCUACACCAACCUCUUCUUGUAUGCCCAGCAGCACUUCGGCCGCGACUCCGAGGAUGAGUGGAACUUCAACAUGUUCCACUCCCCCGAGCCAUACGCUGACCUAAUAUUCCAGGAUGCAACACAGCAGCUGGUUCCUCUUGACCUGGAGGAGCAACACUACCACCCUUACCUCGGCAUGGAGUUCCUCAACGCCCGCUACGAGGUGGAUUGCACGGCCGGCUCUCUGCCCCUGCUGGCCCCUCACCCCAUGCUGCUGCUGCUCCUGGCCCUGCUUGGAGCACGCACCGCCCCCGGCCUGCUGUCCUUGGCGGCGUAAGAUACUGAGGCCAACGGUUAGCUGUAAAUAUUAGGGAAACUGAGAGAAUGGGUUGUGCUUCUUGGAGUACGAACACACACAUAUGCACAGUCUUACACACACACACACACACACACACACACACACACACACACACACACACACAGAUGAUUGCCUUUCAAAACACCGACAGUAGGUGAGUCUCGUGAAACUGUGCGUGUGUGUGUCUGUGUAUUUAUGCUGUU